AUGCUUCCCAAUCAUUCACAACGUCCUCUCGCCAGCGAAGUAAUAGCCUUCGCCAUUAAGCCGAACAGACUGGAAUCCUUCUAUCAGUCUCUUACCCGCUACCAAAACCCUCAUUGGACCGGGGGUCUAGCCCAUGGAGACGUCAUCAAGUUGUGUUGGUUAUUUCAUACAUCGGGCCCAGUCUGGCGUGCGCAGGCGGGACAUGAGCUCGAGAAUUUUACCAGUGGACGGCGUGUUACUUCAUCAAUCUGGAAAGUCUCCGAUUCGCUUGAAUCUGGGGAAAUUAACGGGGAACUCGUAUGGAUGAGUGUGGUGCUGGCAGGGGUCGAGCAGUGUGUGUUGCUUUCUUCCGCUAACCAUUCCAGGCUGGAUGUGAUAAUGCGUGAUUCAGUUGAACGUGACGCGCCCUCUUGGACCGGCUUACCGACUUUGAGCCCCGCAUCAGCUGUUGGAUGUCAGCAAGGGCGGGGUGGAUGUGGGCGAUUCGCCAUCGAGAGAGACGACCGAGUACAGGGUUGCGUGUGUGCAGAGCCGACAAAAGGGGUGAGAGUUCUCCGCGUAGCAGCAGCCGAUGGCGUGCGCAGUCAAGGCCUUGAUCACGAAUGA